AUGGCGAUAGUGACAACAGGUGCCACAGACAAAGAUGCUUCCAAGUUUAAAACUGGUUUUGCCUUGGUACUCUGUGGAAUGGAGUGCCUCAUUGGCAUCAUUGGGAAUUGCUUCAUCACAGCCAUAUAUGGAGCUGAGUGGUUUAGAGAGAAAAGACUCCCCAGUGGUGACUGCCUUAUGCUGAUGCUGAGUUUUUCCAGGAUCUUACUACAGAUUUGGAUAAUACUGGAAAUUAUUUACAGUCUGCUAUUCAGAGUCCCUUAUAACCAAAAGACAAUAUAUAUAAUAUUCAAAGCUGUCACUGUGUUUCUGAACUAUUCCAACCUCUGGUUUGCUGCCUGGCUUAAUGUCUUCUACUGUCUUAAAAUUGCAAACUUUACUCACCCUUUGUUCUUUAUGAUGAAGAGGAAAAUCAUAGAGCUGAUGCCUCAGCUUGUGAGUCUGUCAAUAUUUGUUUCCUUCUACUUGAGCACUCUCUUCUCUAGAGACAUCUUCAAUGCAUAUGUGAAUACUUCCAUUCCUGUCCCUUUCUCUAACUCCACUGAGAAGAAGUACAUCUCUGAGACCAAUCUGAUCAGCCUGGCUUUUUUGUAUUACAUGGGGGUCCUUGUUCCUCUAACCAUGUUCAUCCUGGCAGCUACUCUAUUGAUCUUCUCUCUCAAGAGACACACUCAGAACAUGGAAAACAAUGCCACAGGCUCCAGGGACCCCAGUAUGGAGGCCCACUUGGGGGCCAUCAAAUCUACCAGCUAUUCUCUCAUUCUCUACAUUAUCAAUGCACUUGCUCAAUUUAUUUCUUUGUCAAGCAUCUUUGAUACCUACAGUUUCUGGAACAUAUUGUGCACAUUUGUCAUGAUUGCCUACCCAGCUGGCCACUCAGUGCAUUUAAUCUUGAGAAACCCUGGGCUGAGAAGAGCCUGGAUAAGGUUUCAGCACCAAGUUCAUCUUUACUUUAAAGGACAGGCCCAAUGA